CCGCCUCGGAAGCCUCCCAUGAGUCCUUGCAAAGCGCGACGUAGCCGGAAGCUGCUGGCGGCUGGUGGGGGGAUCUGAACGCCUAGUCCAGCUUGGCACCUCGGCGGGACCCGACCUCCUGGGGGCAGCAGGAUCCCAGUGUGCGGCCAUCCAGACCCCCGCCCCCCCCCAACCCCCGCCUCCCGGCCUGUGAGCCUUGCCGCCCUUCAGCCUAGCGGUUGCACGGACCUACGUGGCCCCUCAGCCUCUGGUCCCGAGCAGUCUUGGACGCAGACUGGUUCUGCACUGCCCACUUGGCCGGGAAAGGGCCUCUGCCCUUCACUUCGAAAGAAGAUUCUGUCCAGAGGUGCCGCACCAUGGCCAGCCCAAGAACCAGGAAAGUUCUUAAGGAAGUCCGGGCACAGGAUGAGAACAAUGUUUGCUUUGAGUGUGGUGCGUUCAAUCCUCAGUGGGUCAGCGUGACUUAUGGCAUCUGGAUCUGCCUGGAAUGCUCUGGGAGACACCGUGGGCUUGGGGUGCACCUCAGCUUUGUGCGCUCUGUUACAAUGGACAAAUGGAAGGACAUUGAGCUGGAGAAGAUGAAGGCUGGUGGGAAUGCUAAGUUCCGAGAGUUCCUGGAGACACAGGACGACUAUGAGCCUAGCUGGUCACUGCAGGACAAGUACAGCAGCAGAGCCGCCGCGCUCUUCAGGGAUAAGGUGGCUACUUUGGCAGAAGGUAAAGAGUGGUCUCUGGAGUCAUCGCCUGCACAGAACUGGACCCCACCUCAGCCCAAGACACUGCAGUUCACUGCCCACCGACCCUCUGGCCAGCCACAGAAUGCAUCUGCCUCUGGGGACAAGGCUUUUGAAGAUUGGCUGAAUGAUGACCUGGGUUCCUACCAGGGUGCUCAGGAGAAUCGCUAUGUAGGGUUUGGGAACACAGUGCCACCUCAGAAGAGAGAAGAUGACUUCCUCAACAAUGCCAUGUCAUCUCUGUACUCGGGCUGGAGCAGUUUUACCACUGGGGCGAGCAAGUUUGCAUCUGCAGCAAAGGAGGGUGCUACAAAAUUUGGAUCUCAAGCAAGUCAGAAGUUUUGGGGUUACAAGCAGCAGUCAGAGCCGGCUUCGGAGUUGGGCCACAGCCUGAAUGAGAAUGUUCUCAAGCCUGCACAGGAGAAGGUGAAGGAGGGAAGGAUUUUUGAUGAUGUGUCCAGUGGGGUCUCUCAGUUGGCAUCCAAGGUCCAGGGAGUUGGCAGUAAGGGAUGGCGUGAUGUCACCACUUUCUUCUCUGGGAAAGCUGAAGACACUUCAGACAGACCCUUAGAGGGCCACAGCUACCAGAACAGCAGCGGAGACAACUCUCAGAACAGCAACAUAGACCAGAGCUUCUGGGAGACCUUUGGGAGUGCUGAGCCUCCCAAGGCCAAGUCCCCAAGCAGUGACAGCUGGACCUGUGCAGACGCCUCAACAGGAAGGAGGAGCUCGGACAGCUGGGACGUUUGGGGCUCAGGUUCCGCAUCCAACAACAAGAACAGCAAUAGCGAUGGCUGGGAGAGCUGGGAGGGAGCCAGUGGGGAGGGCAGGGCAAAGGCCACCAAGAAGGCAGCCCCAUCCACGGCUGAUGAGGGCUGGGACAACCAGAACUGGUAGGAGCCUAGCACCCUAGCCCAGCCCUGCUGGGGACCGCUGUGUUUGCACUUCGCCCUUCUUNUUCCUCCUGCAUUUGACCUCAGUGUGAAGACAGUGGCUCAGGCAGGACUCGAGUUGGUGCUGCCUGCCUGGUGUGGGUUGGCUUUCUCUUAGACCUCAGGGGACAUGUCAUCCACCUGCCUCUUGGGUCCUCUGAGCAGCCCUCCUGGACUCUGGGUUCUUGGGACCCAGGCACUGUCUCUGCAGCCCUAGCACAGCCUGGGACUGCAGCCCUGUGCAAUGUCAGCCAAGUCAGACAUCUGCUUUCGUUGAAAUGUCUUUUUAAAUUUGAAAGGUCUGCUAGUUCUUUCUUCUUGAAGAAAGUGCCUGGAGCCUUAAAGCUGGAAAUGAGAUGACAAAAGCAAUACUGGAGCUCACACUGCCACCGACACCCUCACCUAAGUCCACAGCCUGUGGCCUGUGCUGUGAAACUCACCUUGUGACCCUCUGCCUUUCCUGCAUCAGCCUGUCCAGCCCUCAGUUAAAUGGGACAAACUCUCCACAGAUGGCCACACAAAGCAGACUGGGCUCUGGUCCUCCUUGGACACCUGAUUUGAACUUGGCCAGCCCUCGACAGCUCAGAAAUGAGGAAAGGAGAGNAAAGGGGCCAGGAGCAUUUCCCACAUAUUUGCCGCUCCCACCUGGUACAGGGGAGCCUGAGCAUGGAGGGGAUGCUCAGGGGCCAGCUGCCACUGCCAGGGUCAGGCAUCUUAAUGGGGACCCUCCAUCCGGGCAGAGCACCUGUUAGUAUUUGCCAUGUAUUGUGUCUGUGACAGCCCAGGCCUUCUCCCAGCCUGCUCAGGCUGCUCAGAGCACACUUGGUCAUGUCUCCCUCAGCAUGCAGCUGUCCUUCCAGAUGACCCCACUUAUUGCCCUGUGGAUUUUGUGGAACACUGCAGUUGAGACCCAUGUGUUAUCAGUGGUUGGUGUGACAGCCGUCCCCUCCUAGGAUUCUGUGACUGCUGUGUGCUGUGGCUGGAGAGACCAGCUGGGGUCUCUGUCUCCUUAUACCCACUCCUGUCUGACCCUCAGUUUGACCAGCAGUGCAUGACCUGAA